ACUUCAAGUCCCACAAACUUUGCUUCAGCAUUAAUUCCAUCACCAACCCACCAUUAUAUUACCUCCCUCCUCCUACAAUGGAUGCAAGAGGCCUUCAGAGAACGAGUGCUUCGAAAGAGAAGAUGAACCGGGGUUUCAUUGCUCAGGAUGAUAUAGACAAUGACAUGAUGGAGGAAGAAGAAGAGGGUUUUGGCGGUAAUGAUGGUUUUGCAGAUGAUGAGAGGAAGAGGAAAGUUAAUGGGAAGAGAGGGCCUGGUGGUGGGGUGCUGCCACCUUCUUGUCAGGUGGAGAGAUGUGGCGUGGAUUUGACUGAUGCAAAGCGAUACCACAGGCGACACAAGGUGUGUGAGGUUCAUGCAAAGGCGCCGGUUGUGAUUGUUGCAGGACUUAGGCAGAGGUUUUGUCAGCAAUGCAGCAGGUUCCAUGAGCUCUCUGAGUUCGAUGAAGCUAAGAGGAGUUGUCGAAGCCGUCUGGCUGGACACAAUGAGAGGCGUAGGAAGUCAGCUGAAACCUCCGCAGAAGGCUCAAGCAGGAGAGGGAUGAGUGCCCAGGUGAAGGAAAGCCAAUGCUGGCAAGCCGAUGACAGGUCCAGGCUACCAAUGGCAGUAACAGGGAAUCCUGCUUUUAAGCGUUCCCAGUACCAAUAAAAGAUCAAAUUAUAUGCUGUCCAGCCGGCCUGCUCCCUCUCUUCUGUCAUCCUUUCAGCUCCUUCACUACUUCCAUCACAUAUAUGUAGUAAAUAAGUUGCCACCAGUAUCGGUAUUCUGGCUUUCCGCCUGACGAAGAGCUAUGGUCUCGUAAUAUAUCAAUGCUUUCACCAAAGCAAUAUGUAGCUUUUGGUUACUACCUUCAUCUGAAGGCAAUGAGAACGAUGGUCUCGUGAUGCAUGGGUGUGUUUGCACAUUUAGCAGGGAAUCAGGAUGCACUGGUUUAAAUCUCUC